AUUCAGCCAGUCCGCUGGUUAUUUAUACUGCUGCGCUUCUGCAGUGUAGUGUUUUCGCUUGCGUUGUAGCAGUGAACUGUUAGAAGUGAUGGCACUGAAGGCUGUUUGCGUUCUUAAGGGUUCUGGGGAUGUUGUCGGAACUGUGUUUUUUGAGCAGCAGGAUGACUCUGCUCCUGUGAAGGUGACGGGCGAGAUCAAGGGCCUAACAGCGGGUCUGCACGGCUUUCACGUCCACACCUUCGGAGAUAACACUAACGGCUGCAUGAGCGCUGGCCCUCACUUCAACCCAUUCAGCAAGACUCAUGGGGGACCAACUGAUGAAAUCAGGCAUGUUGGUGACCUAGGAAACGUGACUGCUGAAGGUAACGUAGCCAAAAUUGACAUUACGGACAACGUCAUAAGCCUGACUGGACAACGCUCUAUUAUUGGCCGGACAAUGGUGAUUCAUGAGAAGACUGAUGACCUGGGAAAGGGGGGUGAUGAUGAGAGCCUGAAGACGGGCAAUGCAGGCGGGCGCCUCGCCUGUGGUGUUAUAGGCAUCGCUGAGUGACUGUCCUCCAAGUCAACCACAACACCAACCAAUGGAACCACUGUAGAGUAGCUGACUAAUGAGUACCCCUCUAAGAUGCUCUUUGUAAGCUUUUGGGCUCAUGUUCCCCCAGUAAACCGCUUUUAAAAAGUGGCCCAUAAUGCAUAAACACUUGUACUUUUCACAUUUCCCAAGCUUGUUUUCAGUGUGAGUUGGCUAAGCAUCUUGUUUUCAAAUGACUAUUGUUAACCCUUUUACCAAAUGUACUUGUAAUCCAUGGUCUUGGGUAGUGUUUUUUUUAUGUUUGAGUUAAUAAUGCACACUGCAAGAGUGAGAGACGUUAAUUCUGUCUUCAGAGUCUUAAGUCUGCGGACUAAAAUGUCAACAUGCAAGUAAUUGACCCUGGCUGCUGAAUGACGAUGUGAUAAUUCCUGGUCCUAGAUCUUGGCCUUUAAAUGGAUGUGAAUGAA